AUGUCGGCAGUGUAUCAACCGUUCAUGAACAGACAAUCACAAAUAUCGGUUCACCAAGGAUGCUUAAUGUGGGGACUCAGAGUAAUUAUCCCUUAUUCCUUGCGGAAUUCUGUACUACAGGAGUUGCAUUCUGGACAUCUUGGAAUUGUCAAGAUGAAAUCCUUGGCAAGAAGCUACGUCUGGUGGCCAGGAAUCGAUAAAGAUUUGGAGGGAAUUGCUCAAUCAUGUUAUGGGUGUCUCACAGCGAAGCCUAGUCCUCCUGAAGCUCCAAUUCAUCCCUGGGAAUACCCGAAUCAACCUUGGACAAGAGUUCAUGUGGAUUUUGCUGGGCCAUUUAUGGGCCAUAUGUUUCUAGUAAUUGUGGACUCAUAUUCCAAAUGGCCGAUUGUGAAGAUCAUGAACAAAACAUCCACCAGUAAAACUAUUGAGAUAUUACGAGCAACGUUUGCAGAAUUUGGACUUUGUGAUGAGUUAGUGAGUGAUAAUGGUCCUCAAUUUUCUAGUGAGGAAUUCAAGAUUUUCAUGAAACUUAAUGGAAUUAAGCAUAUUACUAGUGCUCCGUAUCACCCUAAGACGAAUGGACUCGCUGAACGUUUUGUUCAAAGUUUUAAACAGGCAUUGAAAUCCUCAACAAAUGACGAAGGAACAUUGCAAACAAAAUUGUCUCGUUUCUUAAUGAACUACCGGAAUACUGAACAUUCAACUACUGGAGAAACGCCUGCCAAACUUAUGUUAGGGCGCAAUCUGACUACGCGUUUGGAUAAAAUCAAACCCAGCUUAGAAGAUCGUGUAAGCAAAAACCAAGCAAAAAAUGGUGCGUUCUAA